AUUCUUCCUUCACUUCCUCUUCAACCUCUCACCACCUCAACAUUUCUCUAUGUAAGUCUCCUUGUACUGCAACAAAUAGAGUUCUUGAACUAGUCGUGUAGCUCCUUCUUCGUUCUACGAACCAGAGAAGAAGAACGACAAGAGGAGAUGAGUUACGAGCAGAGGCUUAAAGCAGCAGCAGAGCUCGUUCUGUCAAGUGAUCGACAAGUCGGCGACGAGUCCCCUCUUUUAAACAGUGCUGAAUUUGGGGUUUCGGCGUCGCUGAAACCUCACCAGGUUGAAGGCGUCUCAUGGUUGAUUCGAAGAUACACUCUUGGCGUCAACGUCAUUCUUGGAGACGAGAUGGGUCUUGGGAAGACUCUACAAGCUAUUUCUUUCUUGAGUUAUUUGAAGGUUCGUCAGCUGUCAACUGGGCCAUUUUUGGUGUUAUGUCCCUUAAGUGUUAUUGAUGGUUGGAUAUCAGAAAUUGCGAACUUCUGUCCAAAACUAAGGGUUCUUAGGUAUAUUGGAGAUAAAGAAACCCGUCGCAGUCUACGUAGGACAAUGUAUGAACAUGUAAAGCAGCAGUAUUCACUGUCUGAUUUACAAACAACAUUACCUUUUGACAUACUUCUGACAACAUAUGACAUAGUAUUGAUGGAUCAAGAUUUUCUUUCUCAUAUUCCGUGGCACUAUGCAGUAAUUGAUGAAGCUCAGCGGCUUAAAAAUCCUUCCAGUGUUUUAUACAAUGUUCUUGAACAACAUUUUGUCAUGCCUAGGCGGUUAUUGAUGACAGGCACCCCCAUCCAAAACAACCUUUCUGAACUCUGGGCUCUAAUGCAUUUCUGUAUGCCUUCAGUCUUUGGGACACUGGAUCAGUUUCUCACCACCUUCAAGGAAGCUGGAGAUCCAUCAGCAGGUCAUGAUGCAGUCAAAGCUGAGGAGGAGUUCAAACUUCUAAAAUUCAUAUUAGGGGCAUUUAUGCUUCGUCGAACAAAAUCCAUGCUUAUUCAAUGUGGAACUCUUGUGCUGCCACCUCUUACUGAGAUUACUGUGAUGGCACCACUAGUAACCCUGCAGAAGAAGGUCUACAUCUCAAUAUUGCGGAAGGAGCUUCCUAAACUUCUUGCAUUCUCUUCUGGUUCUUCUAAUCAGCAAUCCUUACAGAAUAUUGUAUUACAACUGCGAAAAGCAUGUAGUCAUCCUUACCUCUUCCCUGGUAUUGAGCCGGAACCAUAUGAAGAGGGUGAACACCUUGUACAGGCUAGUGGUAAACUUGUACUUUUGGACGAACUACUUCGGAAGCUUCAUGCUGCUGGACAUCGUGUCCUGUUAUUUGCUCAGAUGACACAUACACUUGAUAUUCUCCAGGAUUUUAUGGAGUUGCGGAGGUAUAGAUAUGAACGCCUUGAUGGAUCGAUUAGAGCUGAAGAAAGAUUUGCUGCAAUAAGAAGUUUCAGCCGUCAAUUGGUUGGAGACACCUUGAAUGCCGAUGCUAAUCAACAUGCUGCAUUUGUCUUUUUGAUCUCAACAAGGGCAGGAGGGGUUGGCCUGAACCUCGUUGCUGCUGAUACUGUUAUAUUUUAUGAGCAAGAUUGGAACCCACAGGUGGACAAGCAGGCUUUACAACGUGCGCACCGAAUUGGUCAGAUGAACCAUGUUUUAUCUAUAAACCUUGUAACGGGGUGCACAGUCGAGGAGGUAAUUAUGCAGAGAGCUGAAAGAAAGCUGCAGCUCAGCCAUAACGUGGUAGGAGAUGAUGUUGACAGACAAGGGAAAGAAAAUGGAGCUGGAGCUGGGGACUUGCGAUCUAUCAUAUUUGGGUUACAGAUGUUUGAUCAUGCAAACAUCAAUAUUGAGAAUUCUAGUGAAAAAAAUUUGUCGGAAUUAAAUGCUCUUGCUGCAAAGGUAAUUGAAAUGCGCCAUGAAGCGUUGGAGAAAGAUGAUCGGAAAUUCAAGAUUAAUCCGAUGGAUGUAUUGAAUGGAGGUGAUCUUUCAUUAAAAAAAACUUCUUCUGCUGUUAUUUUUGAUCAUGGGCUUGAUGAAGCCUCAUAUAUUUCAUGGCUUGAAAAGUUCAAAGAGGCUUCACAAUCAGAUGAUAGUCCAACUUUGGAUUUUCGAACUGGAAGAAAUUUUCCUGAAGAAAAUCAUCAAAAACUUGAAGCUGCAAGGAAGAAGGCUGAGGACAAAAAAUUGGCCAAGUGGGAGGCUCUUGGCUACGAAUCAUUAGCCGUCAAAGAUCUUGGGUGCCCUAUGGUUGGUGGUGUGAUCUCAGAUUCUGGUUCUGUUCAAUUUGUUUAUGGAGAUUGUACACAGCCAUCAAAAGUUUGCCCAUCUGUGCCUACUAUUAUAUUUAGUUGUGUUGAUAACUCUGGAAAUUGGGGUCGUGGAGGAAUGUUCAAUGCACUAGCUAAACUUGCACCAAAUAUUCCUGAUGCUUACGAACGAGCUUUUGAAUUUGGGGACCUGCAUCUUGGUGAUCUUCAUUUUAUAAAAAUAAAUGAAUAUCAUGAUGAAGAUAAAGCAGAUGAAAACAUUCCUCAGUGGGUGGCUUUAGCUGUUGUACAAUCAUAUAAUCCAAGGCGUAAAGUGCCCCGCAGCAAUAUCUCUAUACCUGACCUGGAACAAUGUUUAUCAAAGGCAUCUUUCUUAGCUUCUCAGAAUUCUGCUUCAAUCCAUAUGCCACGAAUCGGGUAUCAAGAUGGAUCAGAUCGUUCCCAAUGGUACACCGUGGAACGUCUUUUGAGGAAAUAUGCAUCCAUAUACGGCAUUAAAAUUUUUGUGUAUUAUUUCCGGCGAUCAUCUUGAGUUUAUAAACAAUUAUCUACAUGGGCUGAUCAUCUUCUAUGUGAUUAUCAGAUAUGGAAGGGUGAAAUGCAUUUGUUCAUGCUUUGAUGUACUCUUAGACCUUAUUCAUGUAAUGUACAUAGAAAGAUUUUCUUCUGUUACACUACUAUGUGGAUGCGUUGUUUCCUGUAAUUGAUCCGCGUUGUCAUUUGUUUUUCUUUGUUCAUAUGUUGGUGAAUUGAGAUAUUGAAGUUAAAAAUAUGGUGUGCUUGAGGCUAACUAUCCUUGAUGAGACAUUUCUGGUUUUGUUCCAAAUCAUCAGUUCAGACCUUUCAGUUGGUGGUUCAUCUCUUUACAACUUACGCAAGCAUCUGGGUUCUGGGAGAGUAUAGGUGUGGUAAU